UGUGUCCUAAGGAGUGUGAGAAGAGAGCGUGCACGGAUGCGGGCCAGUGUUGUCACCCCCAGUGCCUGGGCAGCUGUACGGAAGCAGACAAUGAUAAAGCAUGCGCCGCCUGCCAGCAUUACUUUCACGAGGACCGAUGUGUCGAGGCCUGCCCGCCAGAUACCUACAAGUUUGAAGGAUGGCGCUGCAUCACUAUGGAGAUGUGUGCCCGUGUUCACCUACCCAGCGAGGUGGACUUCGUCAUUCACAAUGGAGAGUGUAUGCCGGACUGUCCACCCGGAUUCACCCGAAAUGAGACUCAGAGUAUGUUUUGCAGCGCGUGUGACGGCCUGUGCGAUAAAGUCUGCGAAUCUAAAACAAUCGACUCUGUGGACGCGGCUCAAUCACUGCAGGGCUGCACAGUCAUCAAAGGCAACCUGCAAAUCAACAUCCGCCGGGGCAAUAACAUUGCAUCAGAGCUGGAGAGUUUCAUGGGGCUGAUCCAGACAGUGACUGGAUAUGUAAGGAUCAAGCACACUCAUACUCUGGGCUCUCUGUCCUUCCUCAAGAGCCUGCGAUACAUUGUUGGAGAAGAGCUUGUGGAUAAUACAUACGCAUUCCAUGCAGUGGACAAUCACAACUUGCAGUAUCUCUGGGACUGGACUCAGCACAAUCUGACCAUUAAAACGGGGAAACUAUACUUUCGCUUCAAUCCCAAGCUUUGCAUGUCUGAGAUCCGAAAAAUGUGGGAGAAAACCAGCGUCAGGGAAAAGAUGGCAGAGGACGAUGUUCGUAGCAAUGGAGAGCGAGCAAGUUGUGAGAGUUAUAUUCUUAAGUUCAGAUCCAACCACACUCAGAGUACUCGGAUAAAGCUCACUUGGGAGCGAUAUCGACCGCCAGACUACAGAGACCUCAUCAGCUUCAUUGUGUAUUACAAGGAGGCACCAUUCCAGAACAUCACUGAAUUCGAUGGACAGGAUGGGUGUGGCUCUAAUAGCUGGAACAUGGUGGAUGUGGACCUUCCUCAGGAAAAAUCGAUAGAUCCUGGAGUACUGCUGUCCCCCCUUAAACCCUGGACUCAGUAUGCCAUCUUUGUGAAGGCCGUCACUCUGGUUGUAGAGGACAAGCAUGUUGGGGGAGCUAAGAGUGAGGUGGUCUACAUCCGCACCAAUGCAUCAGCGCCGUCAAUGCCCCUUGAUGCCCGUGCAUAUGCCAACUCCUCUUCAUCCCUGAUGGUGAAGUGGUCUCCUCCUAUCGCUCCCAACGGAAACAAAACAUUCUACUUUCUCCGUUGGCAGCAGCAGGCAGAAGAUGGUGAACUCUACCAGCAUAACUACUGCUCUAAAGAGCUUAAGAUCCCAAUCCGGAUCUCGGCCACAUCUUUGUCAGACAUGGAGGGCGAGACAAAGCCCACAAAAUCAGAUGUUGCCGGGGGUGAGAAGGGUUGCUGCCCCUGCCCAAAAACCAAGGAGGACCUGAAGGCAGAAGCUGAAGACCGAUCCUACCGCAAAGUCUUUGAGAACUUCCUGCACAACUCUAUUUUCACACCCAGACCUCCAGACAGGAAGCGUCGAGACUUGAUGGGAGUGGCCAACAGCACACUAGUGUCGGGUGUGAGCAGGAACAUCUCAGUUCUGGAGAGUAACAUCACUCAGCCAGAGCUGCCAGAAAAAGAGUACCCGUUCUCUGAAGGCAAAGUCCACACAGAGUUCAUGGAGAUACACAACCUUCGGCCCUUCACCGUCUACCGCAUUGACAUCCACGCCUGCAACUAUGAAGUCCACCGGUGCAGUGCUGCGGCCUUUGUGUUCUCCAGAACCAAACCGGCAGAUAAAGCGGAUGAUAUUCCCGGCUCUGUGACUCAGGAGAGGGAUGAGAAGGGAGAAGGAAUAGUGCUUCUGCGGUGGCCUGAACCUCUUCACCCCAACGGACUGAUCCUCAUGUAUGAGAUCAAAUAUCGUCUGGGAACUGAGGCUGAGAAGCAUGAAUGUGUAUCACGACAGCAGUACAAAGUUCUGCGAGGAGCUCAGCUUAGCAAUUUGGCCUCUGGAAAUUAUUCAGCUCGAGUCAGAGCCACUUCUCUGGCUGGAAACGGGUCUUGGACUGAACCAGUGUCCUUCUACGUGCCACCCCCUAAACGGAAUUAUGAUAAUGCCUUCUACGUGGCCAUCAUUAUCCCUGUUAUAGUACUACUUUUGCUACUCUUCGUGAUCGUAGCUGUCAUCAUUGUGACCAAAAAGAGGAAUAGUGACAGGAUAGGAAAUGGUGUGCUGUAUGCUUCUGUGAACCCCGAGUACUUCAGUCCAUUUGAAAUGUAUGUGCCAGAUGAAUGGGAAGUGGCUCGAGAGAAGAUCACCAUGUGCCGUGAGCUGGGCCAGGGCUCUUUUGGUAUGGUGUAUGAGGGCAUUGCAAAGGGUGUCGUUAAAGAUGAACCUGAGACCAGAGUGGCUAUCAAGACUGUAAACGAAUCCGCCAGCGUACGUGAACGCAUCGAGUUCCUGAACGAAGCUUCAGUUAUGAAGGAGUUCAACUGUCACCAUGUGGUCCGUCUUCUGGGUGUGGUUUCACAAGGACAGCCUACUCUAGUUAUAAUGGAGCUGAUGACGCGGGGUGAUCUGAAAAGCCACUUGCGCUCGCUCCGAUCCAAAGAGCAGGGCUCCAGCAGCCAGUCUUUGCCUCCGCUGAAGAAGAUGAUUCAGAUGGCGGGUGAGAUAGCGGAUGGGAUGGCGUACCUCAAUGCCAACAAGUUCGUCCAUCGAGAUCUGGCUGCCAGAAACUGCAUGGUUGCUGAAGACUUUACAGUUAAAAUCGGAGACUUUGGCAUGACGAGGGACAUCUAUGAGACUGACUACUAUCGCAAAGGAGGCAAAGGGCUGCUGCCGGUCCGCUGGAUGUCUCCAGAGUCUUUGAAAGAUGGCGUCUUCACAACUAAUUCUGAUGUCUGGUCGUUUGGUGUGGUUUUAUGGGAGAUCGCCACAUUAGCCGAACAGCCCUACCAGGGCAUGUCCAACGAGCAGGUACUGCGCUUCGUCAUGGAGGGAGGACUUCUGGAUAAACCGGACAACUGCCCCGACAUGCUGUUUGAGCUAAUGCGUAUGUGCUGGCAGUAUAACCCUAAGAUGCGGCCAUCUUUCCUGGAGAUCAUCAACAGCAUAAAAGAGGAACUGGAGCCUCCUUUCCGGGAGGUUAGCUUUUUCUACAGUGAGGAGAACAAGCCACCCGAUACUGAGGAACUGGACAUGGAGGUGGAGAACAUGGAGAACGUCCCGCUGGAUCCUGCAUCCACAUUGGCCCCCUCUUCUCAGGGGAACACAGGAAUUCAAUCCCAGAGCCCGCAGCCGCUCUCCCCAGCGCAGGGGCCUGGGACGCCGCUUGGGUCUGCACAGACCCCCUCCACCUCUCCGCCCUCAUCCUCAGCCUCUCCAGGCCUGGCUCUGGAUAAGCACUCAGGACAGGUAGCGGCAAAUGGACCGGUGGUGCUGCUGGGGCCGGCGUUUGACGAGACGCAGCCUUACGCACACAUGAACGGCGGGAGGAAGAACGAGCGAGCGCUGCCACUGCCUCAGUCCUCGGCCUGCUGAUCAUCACAGGGUACACACAUUUCCCUCCUCCCUUUGUCU